AUGGCUUUGCUUCUGUGGAAAGCAUUCGACUUCUUCGAAGUAAACCAGAUUAAGCUCGGCGACGACGAAACACGUUCAUUCUUUGAGAACAACGAGGUAUCAAGCGUAUGCUCCGGAUCCGAUAGUUUAUUCUUCGGGAGCGAUGACGGCUAUGUGCGCAUUAUUGGGCCCAGUUGGAAGAUCGUCCGGAGCUUCCAGGCACACGACACCGGUCGUAUUACCCAUAUGCGCCAGGUCGAGGGAACGAGCCUGCUAGUUACAGUCUCUGAGGAUUUGAGUAAUGAACCUGUACUGAAAGUCUGGGCACUGGAUAAACCCGUCAAGAAGACAGGCCUGCCUACUUGUUUGAGUACAUUGAACAUAAACAAUGGGCGAAAGCAGUUUCCUAUAUCGUCAUUUACCGCUCUCGAUGACCUCUCGCAGCUCGCCGUAGGAUUUGCAAACGGUUCAGUCACAGUAAUACGAGGCGACCUGAUACACGAUCGAGGCACAAAACAACGAAUCGUUUACGAGUCGGAGGAACCAAUCACAGGAGUCGAGUUUGUAGCCGAUCCAAAGCUCACAACACUAUUUGUCGCGACGACGUCCAAGCUCUUAAAGCUAGUUAUAUCUGGUAAAGGACAAGGGCAACCGCCGAGGACGAUUGAGGAUGCCGGGUGCGCCGCCGGUUGUAUGACAUCAAAUAACAAAACCGGAGAUAUCAUCGUAGUCCGGGAAGAUGCGGUAUACUAUUACACAUCAGAGGGGAGGGGGCUUUGCUUUGCCAACGAUGGAACCACGAGCCUAGUCUCAACUUUUCAAGACUAUGUCGCCCUUGUUUCGCCGCCCCCGGUUUCUAGCAGCGGAGCCUCUGAUAGUAUAGGGAGGCGUUUUGGAGGAUCAAAUGCAGAGGCCCUCUUCAACGCUGCUAGGUUCACAAUGGUGGACCCGAUGCUUCAAAUAGUCGCACAUUCCGAAUCUCUUAUUUCUGAAGUUAAGGCUAUUUUUAAAAUAUGGGGAGAUCUGUUCAUUUUAACUCAAGAUGGAAAGGUUACCCGCUAUCAUGAGAAGUCAUUACAGCAGAGGCUCGACUUAUUAUACCAACGAAACCUAUUCCCGCUUGCUAUUAAUCUUGCGCAGAAGUCUGGCAUGGAACCGCAACAGCAAAAUGUCAUAUACCGGAAAUACGGUGACCAUCUAUAUCAGAAAGGAGACUAUGAUAGCGCGAUGUCUCAGUACAUCAAGGCAAUUGAUAACACUGAGCCUUCACAAGUCAUCCGAAAGUUCCUCGACACACAAAGAAUACAUAACCUGAUCGAAUAUCUCGAAGAGCUUCACGAGCAUCACAAAGCUACAGCGGACCAUACAACAUUGUUACUAAACUGCUAUGCCAAGUUGAAGGACGUCGAGAAGCUAGAGAAAUUUAUCAAAUCUGAGGGAGAUUUGAAAUUUGACCUGGACACGGCCAUAAACAUGUGUAGACAAGGUGGAUACUUUGACCAGGCCGCUUACCUUGCGACCAAACAUGGCGAAAACGACCUUGUAGUGGAUAUCCUCAUUGAGGACUCCAAGAAUUAUGCCGAAGCACUUGAUUUUAUAUGGCAUCUAGAUGCUGAAACGGCAUACCCAUCAUUAAUGAAAUACGCUAGAGUACUCCUAGAGAACUGCCCGAGCGAUACUACUGACCUCUUUAUCGACUACUAUACAGGAACAUAUAAGCCUAAGGUUCAUCCAGUACCAGAAGAAACACAAACAAUUUCAAGUGGAGGAUUAGCAGCUGGAGCCGCAAUAGCCGUACAGAACCUAACUAGCCUACUUCCGCUCCCCUACAUGAACACAUCCGCAGUCCCUACACCUACUGGGCAGGGAUCGCAAGCAACUGUUAGCGACGCAGGCGCUGUGAUAGAUAACGAAACGAACACUGAGCAAAAGUAUACCCCACCCCCUCCUAGAACCGCAUUUUCGUCUUUUAUCGACCACUCAGACGAGUUUAUCGUCUUCCUCGAAGCCUGCCUUAAGGAUGAUUCUCUCAAGGAAUCAGACAAAGUAGAUAUCUAUACAACUCUAUUUGAGAUGUAUCUCCAUAAAGCAAGCGAGCGGAAAGGAAUGCAGAGGGAAGAAUGGGAGCUUAAGGCGAAGAAGCUCAUCGAAGGGCGUGAAGUACCCAUCGAGAACUCGAACGUUCUGCUACUAUCCCACCUCUCAGACUUCCGAGACGGCACAACUCUAGUCAAGGAGCAGUCCGGUUUAUUGUUCGACAUCUUCCGCUCCUAUACUUCCGCGAAGGAUACACGGGGUGCUAUCAAAGCCCUCCGCAAGUACGGAGCUGAAGAACCGCAACUUUAUCCCGCGGCACUAGCCUACUUCACGUCAGACAGACGGAUCUUAGAGGAAGCCGGACCAGAAGAGCUAGCCAACGUACUCAAUAAGAUCGAUCACGACGGCCUGAUGGCGCCCCUACAAGUCAUCCAGACGCUAGGCACCAACGCCGUCGCGACCAUGGGCAUGAUCAAGCCAUACCUGCGAGAAACGAUCUCGCGUGAACGCCGCGAGAUCGCGUCUAACAGGCGGCAGAUCAACUCGUUCCGCAAGGAGACGGAGGCCAAGCGGGCCGAGAUGGCGGAGCUCGGGACCAAGCCGGCCGUGUUCCAGGCGCAGCGGUGCCCCGGGUGCGGCGGGCCCCUCGAGUUGCCGGCCGUACACUUCCUGUGCAAGCAUAGCUUCCACCAGCGCUGCCUCAAGCAGCAGGGCGACGACGGCGGCGACGUCGAGUGCCCCGUGUGCGCAGCGAACAACGCAGCGGUGCGCGCCAUGAAGCGCAGCCAGGGCGAGCGCGCGGAUAGGCAUGACUUGUUCCGUGACGCGCUGGAGAAGGGUGAUGAUCGGUUUAAGACUGUUGCGCAGUGGUUUGGGCAGGGGGUAAUGGGUGCUGGAACGGCGGAGUAG